ACACGCUGUUAGAAUCAGAGAGAAAAACACACAGAAGGAAAAUAGGGGAGAAAAAUAAAAACGAUCUUCUUCCUCCUCCUUACCUACUGGUAAGAAAGAUGCAAGGAAAUGGCUUGAGUGUUCCUCUCGGCGUACGUUAGCAAAUACCUAUUUAGAUAUAUUCAUGUAAAGAUAUUUAGAAAACCUGGAUGGGGGUGGGAGGACAUUUCUGGGAUUUGCUAAAACCCUACGGCCGAACAGAGGAUUUUGAUUUCCUGAGAGAUAAGAAAGUGGCUGUCGAUCUCUCUUUCUGGACCGUCCAACAUGAGACCGCUAUCAAGAAGAGAGGAAUUGCCAGAAAUCCCCAUCUUAGAAUCGCCUUCUUCAGAACUAUCAAUCUCUUCUCCAAGCUUGGGGCGUUUCCGGUGUUUGUCCUGGAUGGGGUCCCGUCGCGGUUGAAGGCGCAGGCCAGGAUCGCGCGGUUUCUGCAGGCCACGGGCAUUGACCUCUCUGGUCUGCCUGUGGCCGAGGAGGGUGUUCCUAUUGAAAGGAAUCGAGCCUUUACGAGAUGCAUUCAGGAGUGCGUAGAGCUGCUUGAACUCUUGGGGAUGCCGAUUUUAAGAGCAAGGUGUGAGGCAGAAGCACUUUGCGCACAGUUAAAUAGCGAAGGUCAUGUGGAUGCUUGCAUCACAGCUGAUAGUGAUGCUUUCCUGUAUGGGGCCAAAUGUGUGAUAAAAUGCCUACGAUCCAACUCCAAGGAACCAUUUGAGUGCUACCACAUGUCAGAAAUUGAAGCUGGUCUUGGUUUGAAGCGGAAACAGUUGGUAGCCAUUUCUCUUUUGGUCGGGAAUGACCAUGAUUUGCAAGGAGUGCCAGGGAUUGGGGUCGAUACUGCUCUUCGCUUUGUCCAGUUAUUCCCUGAGGAUGAGAUUUUGAAUAGGUUAUGUGAAGUAGGGAAAGGGGAUGUUCUGUUUCUUCGGGGUAGUCCCAAAGCUGUAGUGGAUUGCAAUAUAGCCACUGGUGAUGAGUCAGCAAAGACCAGAUCUCCUCACUGUUCACAUUGUGGACAUCCAGGCAGUAAGAGAGCUCAUCUCAAGGAUGCUUGCACGCAUUGCAAUGUGUACGGUUAUGAAAAGUGCAUGCAAAAGCCAGUGGGGUUCAAAUGCGAGUGCUUCAUCUGUGACAAGGACCGAAGAAGCAAGCAACUUAAGAGACACGAAAAUUGGCAAAUUAAGAUUUGCAAAAAGAUUGCAGCUGAACAGAAUUUUCCAAAUGAUGAGAUCAUUGAAAUGUAUUUAAGCGAGAACCACUGGAGUUUCAGUGAAAAUGAUGGCCUGCCUCUUUUUUGGGGAAGCCCCAGAAUUGAAGCUCUUGUUGACUUCUUAGCAUAUCAUCAGCACUGGGAACCAUCAUAUAUAAGGCAAAGGAUGCUUCCAAUGCUGUCCACCAUUUUCUUAAGAGAGAUGGCUUCGAAAACCAAGGAUGGUCUGUUGCUCUGUGAUCAGUACGAGUUUCAUUCAAUUCAGCGAGUGAAAAUAAGAUAUGGUCACCAAUUUUACUUGGUAAAAUGGAAGAGAGCUAUUCCUAGUAUGGGUAAUGUUACCUAUACAAUCCCAAAUGAAGAGUCCGAUUCCCACCAGAGCGAGCCCUUGGGAGUGAUGGAGUCCGCUGAUGUAUUAGAUGAGCCAGAUGUCCCAGAGAUUCUUGUUGAUGAUGGAUGCUGGUUCCUGUUGACCGACGAAAAUAUGGAGCUGGUGCAGGCUGCAUUUCCCAAAGAAGUUGACAGAUUUUUGCUGGAGAAGGAAUUGAAGGAAUCAAAAUCAAAAGGAAAGAAAUCAAGAAACAAAGCUGGAAAUGGAGACAGGUCAGGAUCUCCAAAAUCGAAUGGCAUUCAGCUAAGCAUUACUGAGUUUUACCGAUCGAGCAAAGUGCUGGUUCAGGCAACGAAUGAAGAAGAUCCAGCUAAGAAUUCUGAGAAUAGCGGCGAAGCCCCCAUGAGAAAGAGCAAGAAGAGGGUGACCCGUUCAAGUCCAAAUUUGCCCAAGUCUGUCAGGAAGCGUCUUUUGUUUCACUAGCAAUACCUUUCUGCUUGGACACAGUUCUCCACCUUGAUUCUCCUCAUGUAAUUAUGAAAAAUGAUGUAAAUAUAGUGGGAGACCCGUUUUUAAUUAGUGUUUAAAUUAUUUUAUUUUGCAUGGAAAA